CUUCUCUGCUCGCUCCUCUGUCAUACACACCAGAAUAAACGAAGUGCGUUUCAUCGUUGCGUGGCGUGGAUUUGGCUCCAGCCCACAGGAGGAGCGGGGAGCCCUCACGGCCUCCCUCUGAUUGGCUCACGCACGACCAAACUCCAUUUUGGAAAAACAGCUGUUUGAAGGCACAAGCUUUUCCCGUUUCUCGCCGAUGCUUCCCUGAGAAAAACCCUGCAGACGUCCGGACGCGCUCUCGUCCUCCUCCGCUACCGGAGGUCUGGUCCCUGGCUCCAACCAACGCGCUGCCGUGUUUCGGCCCUGUCUUCGGGGGUGCUGCUGCGGUUUUGUCCGACUGCCAGGAAACUUAACUGGAGAUCCAUGGUGUUCAAUUUCCAUUGUAAGAAGUGGAUAACAGGAGGCGACCCGACCAAGGUGUAAUGAGAGCGCUGGUCAUGGACAGAUGAUGGACGUGGAGACGUCGUACUCAGAUUUCAUCAACUGUGAUCGCACAGGCCGCAGGAACGCAGUGCCUGACAUCGCAGGGGAGGGGACGGUUGCAGCGAGCACGAGCGAGCUCACCAAAGACAUGGCAGAGAUGGAUCUGAAGGCUGCAGAAGGAGACCCGGGGGCCUCUCCUGCUCCUGAGGCAGAGGGCUCUACAAGCCAAGACGCCCAGGGAGGCGGGGGCCCGUCCUAAAAAGAACAAGAAAUGGAAGCUGCGUGGAGAGGAAGCAUAGGAAUGUGUGGAGGGACAGAAGGAAAUAAACAGGUGGAAUAUUAGCCGUCCUUUCUGGAUCUGAGGACACUUUUGCCCACUGCCAGCCUGUUUGGAGCUUUCCUUGGCCCAAAUGUCACCCACGUUUUUUUUUUGUUUUAUUUUACUGGACCAGAUAGUAACAUGGUUUAGAGAACUAAGUGGAAGAGGAAAAUGGGAUGUUGCUCCUUUUGCUUUAUACUCUGUUAGCCAUUUGUAUUUCCUGACAGGAUGAGGAAGCAAAGAAAUUUUGGAUUAUUGCCUGAAGAGAAGGACUGAGCUAAAAAAAAUAUUUAUAACUAAAAACAACGCUCUGGCCUAGAAUGGAACUGUGUCAUGGAUCCGUUAUCAUCUGUUUGUCACUUUCUUUUCACGUCUGUGUGUGUUUGUGACUCCCUUGUUCCAUUUUUCUAGUAUCGUCUCCAUUUACUGUCAAGUAAUGACUUCAUAUUUAUUGCUAAAUGUUAUAAGUGAUAACUUUGUGAUAGAACCUUUCUUUGUGUAAUAAAAUACUGAUGAAUUACUGUAA